CCGCGUGGGCGGGGCCGUGCCGUGCCGUGCCGUGCCGUGCCGGGCUGUGCCGUGCCGUGCCGUGGGAGGGCCGCAGCAUGGACGCGGCUCUGUUGGCCGCCGCCGCCGCGCUGCUCGCGGUUCUCCUCUUCUUCGCCACCCGCCUCCGCAGCCAGGCGAGGGCAGCUGAUGAGGAACACCAGCAAAAUGUGGCAGCAGCAGUGGUGGCCAGGCCUCGGCCCCACGCUGAGGAGAGGGGAGAUGGGAUGCCGAGGCGUCGGAGGAACAUGGGCAACAGGAUGAUGGCCCAGAGGAGAGCACAGCAGGCAGAAGACUGGCUGGAAGAGGAAGAUGAUGCUGAGGAGGUGCCAGAACUCCAGGUGUCUGGGAAAAUCGGAGCAAAGAAGCAGAGGAAAUUAGAAGAGAAACAAGCCAGAAAAGCACAGAGAGAGGCUGAAGAAGCAGAACGGGAAGAACGGAAGAAGCUCGAGUCAAAAAGAGAGGAGGAAAGGCGGAAAGAAGAGGAGAGAAUGCGGCUGGAGGAAGAGCGACAGGAAGAGGAAAAAAGGAAGGCAAAGGAAGAAGAGGAGAAGAGAGAGUAUGAAGAGUACCUGAAGCUGAAGGAGAGUUUUGUAGUUGAAGAAGAAGGGGUUGAAGAAUCAAUGACAGAGGAAGAGUCUCGCAGCUUUCUAAUGGAAUUUCUGGAAUAUAUUAAGAAAACCAAGGUUAUCCAGCUGGAGGACUUGGCUUCACAUUUGGGUCUGAGAACACAGGAUGCAAUUAACAGAAUCCAGGACCUGAUGGCAGCUGGGACUCUAACAGGUGUGAUUGAUGACAGAGGGAAGUUCAUCUACAUCACUCCAGAGGAGAUGGCUGCUGUGGCUCAGUACAUCAAACAGAGAGGACGUGUCUCCAUCGCAGAGCUGGCCCAAGCAAGCAAUUCCCUGAUCAACCUGCAGCCUGACAGCAGAGCUGUUGCUCCAACUGUGGCAUGAAACCAUGGUGGCAGAAAACACCCAGCAGGAGUUGAGUCUUUUUUAAUGACUGAGGCACGUAAUUAAAACCAAACAAGAGCCCCUUGAGCCCAUUCAUGAUGCUGCGAGAUGGGAAACGUCAGCUGCAAGGCUUGAGCAAAAGUUUUGCUUUACAUUCUGUUAAAGCUGGUGUAAAACCCUUUGUACAACUGAGGUUGGCCAAGAACUUGGGGCUAAAGCACUGAGAGGCAACCUGUACCUCAAGAAGAUCAGUAAUUUAUGCAGGGUUACUUUCUGGUGACAGUCACUCUCAUGGGACUACACCCAGACUUCUUACAGCUUCCAGAUUCUGAUGUCUGUAUCAAACAUGUUUUGCUUUUGGUUGGAUUUGGGAUUCCCCAGACUUGCUCUGCUGGAGCUCAAUCACUUUUUGUGGCAGUGAUCUUUACAGCCUAAAACCACAGGUGUGUAGCAGUGAGGCUUGCAGGCUUUGUCUUCUGUAUCAACAUGGGAAGGAAGGAGUAAAAAGGAAACAGUGGAAGAAUCCUUACUGAAAUACAUACAGAAACUCCAGGAACCUGAGAGCUUCCAGAGCUUAGUUCAGAAAACCUUUGCUAUAGAAAUGUUUUGCUUGGUUUAUAUAAUGUAGAGAGUUUGCUUGCAGCCACUCUGUGUUAUUUUUCUGUAGCCAAGAGACAGAAACACCUCUGGGGAAAGGCUAACUGCUCUCAUUUAUUGUGCAGGCUAAUUCUGAUAUCAACCAGAUUCUGGUGAUUCAUCCUUUGAAGUCAGAGCCAGCUCAGUGUGUCUGAAGGCUUCAGGCACCCCCACCCCAUGGCCUUUGUGUCUGGAGUUGUUUAAAUACAGAAAAAUAAGCACUAUGAGUCA